AAAAAUGGCCGAGACUGAACCCAAAUCCGUCGCGCCGGAGCUUCUCGAAUGGCCGAAGAAGGACAAGCGCCGCCUCCUCCACGCCGUCUACCGCGUCGGUGAUCUCGAGCGCACCAUCAAGUUUUACACGGAGGCUCUGGGGAUGAAGCUUCUGAGGCAGAGGGAUAUACCGGAGGAGAAAUACUCCAACGCUUUCCUCGGCUUCGGUCCGGAGGAGACCAACUUCGUAGUAGAGCUCACUUACAAUUAUGGAGUCACCUCCUACGAUAUCGGAACCGGCUUCGGGCACUUCGCAAUCGCGACUCCCGAUGUGUAUAAAUUGGUGGGGGAUAUCAGGGCGAAAGGAGGGAAUGUGACGAGGGAGCCUGGUCCGGUGAAAGGCGGCAACAGUGUGAUUGCGUUUGUGAAGGAUCCUGACGGUUAUACAUUUGAGCUUAUUCAGAGGCCUGAAACUCCUGAGCCGCUUUGUCAGAUCAUGCUUCGUGUUGGUGAUCUCGAUCGAUCCAUCAGCUUCUAUGAGAGGGCACUAGGGUUGAAGCUUUUAAGGAGGAUUGAGAGGCCUGAGUACAAGUACACCAUAGCUAUCCUAGGAUAUGCUGAAGAAGACAAGACAACUAUUUUGGAGCUGACUUAUAACUAUGGGGUGACCGAAUAUACCAAGGGGAACGCGUAUGCACAGAUUGCUGUUGGCACUGAUGAUGUAUACAAAAGUGCUGAGGUUGUUGACUUGGUUACAAAAGAGCUUGGAGGAAAGAUAACAAGACAGCCUGGACCAAUUCCAGGACUCAACACGAAGAUUACCUCUUUCCUGGACCCAGAUGGUUGGAAAACUGUCUUGGUUGAUAAUGAAGACUUCCUUAAGGAACUGCAGUAAGCAAGAGUGAUUGCAUGAAACGGAAGUAUCCGGGAAGUUUUUUCUUAUUUGAAUAAGAUGUAAUCCUGCUUCUAUGUUAGAGUAGCCAGUAUUGGCGGUCUGAAUGUCAUUAUCUGUUCGAGUGGUUUUCAGUUGUGAUAGGCAUGGUCAUGUGACUUAUAUCUAUUAUAAAAUGGCUGUUAAUGUU